AAAAAUAAAUAAACUAUACAAUUUAUUUUUAUGAGUUGAUGGAAUCAAGUGGUGUGAUUAUUCAGAUGGCUGAGCUCUUCUAAUUUUUUUUCUCCCUCAUGCAUAGAAAAGUGAAAAACUGCUUCUUUUUCUCUUUUUUUACUUUUCUAUCCCUUUCUCUUGUAAAGGGGUUGGCUUGAUUGGAUAGUUACCCUUAGGUUGGUUAGUAGCAAAGGUGAGGUAGGUAAGACUUGGAUAGAGAUGGCUCAGAAUCCAAAAGUUAUGCCAGAUUGUGUAUAUGCUUCUAAUCCUUACCAUGAAUGCACUGAAUCUUGCUUGCACAAGAUCAAGGAAUCCAACUCCAAGCCAUCUAAAAAUAAAAAGGGUUCUGCUUAUCGCAGAAGUGUUACAGGAGGUGAGAUAGGCAAAAAGACGAAUGAAGACAAACGCUCGCACUCAGGCUGUCCUAAAGCAUCUAAUCCUUACCAUGUGUGUGAUGUAAAUUGCAACCAAAGAAUAUCAGGAGCUGAUUCAGGCAUUGUUCCGUUAAACUUUGACAGUAAAAAGAAGGUAGGGUCUAAGCCUGAACUCCCAGUUCUUGACAAUGUUCCGGCUUCGAAAAUUGGAGCUAUUUAUCUUGCUGAUGCUGCAUCACCAAUAUCAAAAUAUUAUGAAAAGAAAAAGUUGGAGCCAAAAAGCAAUGAGCUUAUACCAGCUUCUGGAGAACUACAAGCUCCAGAUGUUAAGCCUGUGAAUGACAAAGUCCAACCGAAGGAUGGUUCGGAGAAUCUUUACAGCACAAUACCUACAAAGCAAGCAGGGGACAAAAACUCUUCAACCAAAGUUGUUCCAAUCACCUCUGUUGAUGACAUUGGAGAAGGUUUAACUACAUCAGCUGGUGGGUCCAAGCACUACUGUUUUUCUGAUUUUCUCCGUGAUAAUGAGGACAGUGAUGAAGAGGAGAGUGAGUCUGUGGUUUCUGAGACGCGUGUUCCAGUUGGAAAAUACCAUGUGAAGGAAAGCUUUGCUCCCAUCCUGCUAUCCAUAUUCAACAAGUAUGGUGAUAUAGGAGAAAGCUGCCAUUUGGAAUCCGUUGUGAUGCGGUCGUAUUACAUCGAGUGUGUGUGCUUUGUGAUCCAAGAGUUACAAUCAACCUCGGUAAUGCACUUAACCAAGUCCAAAGUCAAGGAAUUGUUGGCUAUUCUUAAUGAUGUAGAGUCUGCUCAACUUCGCAUUGGCUGGUUGCGUAGCAUAGUCAACGAAAUCGCUGAAAAUGUUGUACUCAUGAACGAGCACCGGUCCAUGGAGGCGGCGAAGGCUAACUCGGAGAGUGAAAUGGAAGCACUGAGGAAGGAGCUAGAAUCAAAAAUGGAAAUUUUGACUCAGAAAGAACAGGAGGUAACAGAUAUUAAAACAAAAAUCGAAGGGAUCAGAGAGCAGUUGGGCGAGCUUGAAAAGAAGUCAGCUCAUAUGGAGAAGAACAUGUUAUCUAUCAAGUCCAAGGUUGAUAAAUUGGAUAGCAGAUCCUUGCUAGAUCAACUACUUUAAUAAUAUAAAUGCAUAAUAGGUAAUGUUAUUUGUUAGUGUUGUGGCAAUGCUUAAAACAACAAGUCCAAUAUAUGCAAUGCAACUAAGUCAAUAAACGCAUGGGAACUAUGCUAUAUAUUUUCUAAGCUGGGUAAUGCUAAUGCAAUUUUUUACUUUAAAUGAAUA